CGCCUUCCUCAGGGCCAGACUGAGAGGAGCGGGGCAGGGCGGCGGCCUGUAGGAGCCGCCUGCCAGUCAUGGCUCGUCCGCUGCUGCUGCUGCUGCUGCUCGCUCACACCUGCCUCCCAGUCUCCUGGGGCCUGCGGUGCAUGCUGUGUGAGACGAAUGGGCAUUGCCGAGUGGGCGAGUGCCCCCUCGGCGAGAACCUCUGCAGGACCACGGUUCUGCGCAUAUGGGAAGUGGGUGAAGAAGAGCUGGAGAAGGUGGAGAGGGGAUGCGCCCACCCAGAGAAGACCAACAGAACCAUGAGCUACCGAACAGGUUCACAGAUCAUCACCCUUACAGAGGCCAUAUGUGCAUCAGAUUUGUGCAACAAGCCUAAGCCUGGGCGGAUUUUCACCUUCCCCCAAAGGCAUUAUCUCGAAUGUGCUUCCUGUGCCUCAUCAGACAUGAGCUGUGAGAGGGGUCGGGGUCACAGCCUGCAAUGCCGCAACCCUGGAGAACAGUGCCUGGAGGUGGUGACCCACCGGAGCCUGGAAUCAAGUCUAAAGGAUGAGCGCCACUCCCGCGGCUGUGGCUACCUCCCUGGCUGCCCAGACCCAACUGGCUUCCACAACAACUACACCUUCCACUUCCUGAGGUGCUGCAACACCACCGAAUGCAAUGGGGGCCCAAUCCUGACGCUUAAAAACUUGACACUGAAUGGCUUCCAGUGUUAUAGCUGCGAGGGGAACAGCACCGACAGAUGUUCUGCAGAAGAGACUUCCCUCAUCUCCUGCCGAGGCCCCAUGACUCAAUGUCUAGAAGCCACAGGCUCUAAUGGGCUGGGGAAGCCAAGAUACACAGUGAGAGGCUGUGCUACCCCCUCAUGGUGCCAAGGCCUCCACGUGGCUGAAACCUUCAGCCUGACCAAUGUCAGUGUUUCUUGCUGUUCUGGAAAUGGCUGUAACCACCCAGCCCGGGAUGCCCAGGCCCGCGCGGGGGGCGCCCCUGGGCCUGGCCCCACCCACCUCAGCCUCACCAUCACCCUGCUUAUGACCGCAAGACUGUGGGGAGGCACUCUCCUCUUUACCUGAACCCAGAAGCACCCCUACGCUGGCUGGAUCCAGUGGACCUCUUUGCCAUUUCCUCAGCUCCUAGCCUUGCAGACUUACUGUGUGACCACAGGCCAGUGUGCUGUCUUCUCUGAGCCUCAGUUUCCCCAGCUGUCAAAACGCCCACGUCACAAAGUUGUUGUGAGAACCGGAGGAGGAAAGCUGGAAAAAGGCUGCGGGCCAGCGGGAGAGCUGUUGUUAUUAUUCAUAUUGUCACUGCUAUUGUUAUUAUGAAUUAAUAUUUUUAUUAUUUAAUAUUUUAUACUUAAUAAAGAUUUUUGUACCAGUGAAC